AUUUCCAGUAUCUGCAUAGAAUAGAACCGGUGUAUUCAAAUCUCUGUCUCUCUUCUUAUAUAUACAAAUACGACUGCUUCCCUCUCGCGCUUUUUGUGUCUCUAAAAUCUCUACAUUGAUCGAUUGAAGGAAGGUUUAUAUGCUUUAUUGAAUAUCUGCUCUGCCUUCUUGAAAUUGAAGAGUGCAACGUUUGUCCCAAAACAUGCUCAAGGUUGUGAUUUCUUUUUCUCAGCAUCUGAUCUUUCUGACUUGAGUGUCAAGAAAAAAAAUGCAUAGCAAGAUGGGAUCCAUACUCCGCAGUGGACAUUCUAGGAAAACAAAUGAGAGUACCAGGCUCGUUGUCACUGCAAUUCUGGGAGCUGUCUUUGGAUUUGUUGUUGGUAUUUCAUUUCCUCCAGUUUCUCUUACCAAGAUUCACAUGCCUUCAGGCCUUGUAUCAACUUUUGAUCUACCCUUUACUGAUGAAAGUAGGAGCAGCAAACCUAUUCCCAGGGUACUUAUGGGGCUUACUCUGGACAUUUCCUUUUAUAUAAUUAUUUUUAUGCAUAGAUUUAUUAACUACUUUUUCCAAGCUGAGCCCAUGAUAUGCCAUGGAUUGCUUGUUUGCUUCCAGAUUUAUGUCCCAAAAAAUCCUCGUGGUGCAGAGUCAUUACCCCCAGGAAUAGUUGUGCCAGAAUCUGACUUUUACUUGCGCAGAUUAUGGGGUGAACCUAGUGAGGAUCUGAAGAAGAAGCCAAAGUAUUUAGUGACAUUUACAGUUGGUUAUGAUCAGAGGGAAAACAUCAAUGCAGCUGUUCAAAAGUUUUCUGAUGAUUUCACAAUUAUGCUUUUCCACUAUGAUGGCCGGACAAGUGAAUGGGAUGAAUUUGAGUGGUCAAAAAGUGCAAUCCACGUCAGUGUAAGAAGACAAACAAAAUGGUGGUAUGCAAAGAGGUUUUUGCAUCCUGACAUUGUAGCUGCUUAUGAAUAUAUUUUCAUAUGGGAUGAAGAUCUUGGGGUGGAGCACUUCAAUGCAGACAAGUAUAUUGAGUUGGUUAAGAAACAUGGUCUGGAGAUUUCUCAGCCAGGUCUUGAACCCAAUAAUGGACUUACAUGGCAGAUGACAAAGCGGAUAGGUGACAGUGAAGUUCACAAGAUUACACAGGAGAAAGCAGGGUGGUGUAGUGACCCACUUUUGCCUCCAUGUUCUGCCUUUGUGGAAAUCAUGGCCCCUGUGUUUUCUCGGGAGGCUUGGCGUUGCGUGUGGCAUAUGAUUCAGAAUGAUUUGGUGCAUGGAUGGGGACUGGAUUUUGCUCUCAGAAGAUGUGUAGAGCCUGCACACGAAAAAAUUGGAGUGGUUGAUUCACAAUGGAUUGUUCAUCAAGUUGUUCCUUCUCUUGGGAAUCAGGGAGAGUCUGAAGAUGGAAGAGCUCCAUGGGAAGGGGUGAGAGAAAGGUGCAGAAAUGAAUGGGCUAUGUUCCAGAAUCGUCUCACAAACGCUGACCAGAAGUACCGAACUCGGAUUACCAGAAAAUGAUUUUUGUAUCUUUGCGGUCCUUUUCUGAGCUAUAUCCUUGUGUAUCCUAUAAAGUAUUAAAGUCCUCCUCUUUAGGUUCAUGUCGUGAAAUUGGUAGGACAUUUUGCAGUUACACAGGAGAAGAAUUUUUCUCCUUUUGGUAUAUCAUAUAUGUUUCUCUCUUUUUUUUUAUCAUGCCGGCUUUGUGAUCAUAUAACUGAUAUUUUGUAUAAAAUAUUUAUACAACAGUUUAGAUUUAUGAUCUAGCUUCUGUGAGGUAUCCGAUUUUCAGAAACUUCACUUCCGACGA